AUGGACAUUAAUAAUGAACAAAGAACAUCUCAUUUGGAUGCCCAGGGUUGUUUGGCUCAAGAUAUUCGUUGUAAUAUUCGCACGAGAGGUUAUCUUCCUAUUGAAAAUUAUGGACUAAUCGGAAAUUUAAGAACCGUUGCUUUGUGUGGAACAGAUGGUUCGAUCGAUUUCUUUUGCUAUCCAAAAUUCGAUAGUCCUUCUGUCUUUGCAAGAAUAUUCUUUAUAGGACACUUCUCGAUUGCACCAACAAUUCAUACUAGUAACAAGCAACAAUACCUUCCGGGAUCUAAUAUCUUAUCUACAAGAUUCUUACAUGAUGAAGGAGUGAGCGAAAUUACUGAUUACAUGCAUAUUCCUGACAGUUCCUCACAUUCCAUUUCACAAAAACCCGUCCUUCCAUGGCUCAUUCGAAAUGUUAGCGUGAUUCGCGGUGAAGUUGACUUUCAAUUUGAACUGUUUCCGGCAUUUAAUUACGCAUUGGAUGAACAUACAACCGAAAUCGAAGAAUAUAAAGUAACUGAAAAUAAAUUAUCAAAAUAUCUAAGAGAUGAUGUAGCGUCAUAUGUUGGACAUCAAAGAGCUAUAUUUCGUUCCAAUACACUUUGUAUGGAUUUACGCUAUGUCGUCUUAAAUGGCGAACUAGAUCCUCCAGUCAUUGAAUUUAAAUUAGCAAAAAAUAAUGUAAUGAAAGGUCCCGGUAUCAUUUUUCAAUUCACUUUAAAAGAAACUCAAACUGUUACUUUUAUUUUAAGAGAAUUUUCAAUUACUAAAGAAAUUGAUAAGUUGGAUCCUCCAUUAAGUGCUGGCCUAAUGAAAAAUUUAUUUAGACAAACCUUACAAUUUUGGCAAGAUUGGAUUGCUCAAUCUUGUUAUAAAGGAAGAUGGAGAGAAAACGUUCAUCGCAGUGCUUUAGCCUUGAAAUUAAUGACUUAUGAGCCGACUGGAGCUGUUGUCGCAUCCCCUACUUUUGGACUUCCUGAAGAGAUAGGCGGACCUAGAAAUUGGGAUUAUCGAUUCACUUGGGUUAGAGAUUCCGCAUUCACCGUUUACGCACUUAUGAGACUUGGUAUGACUCAAGAAGCCAAGCAUUAUAUGGACUUCAUGGAAGCAAGAUGCCAGGAUUUGAAUCCUGAUGGAUCAUUAAAUAUCAUGUAUAGUAUAGAUGGGGAAAAGAAAUUAACAGAAGUGGAAUUGACUCAUUUAGAUGGAUAUCGUGGAUCCAAACCCGUUCGUAUUGGAAAUGGAGCGUAUGAUCAUAUUCAAUUAGAUAUUUACGGAGAAUUAUUGGAUGCGAUGUAUUUGUAUAAUAAAUUCGGUAGUCCAAUCUCUUACGAUAUGUGGGUAAACAUACGUAAAUUAGUAAAUUAUGUGUGUGAUAAUUGGAAUAGGGAAGAUAUGAGGUUAAGAUUAUCGGAGAAGAGAGUAUUGCCAUGUCCUGAUAGAAAUAAAUGGACGCAAAUACGUGAUACUAUUUAUGAAGAAAUUAUGUUAAAAGCUUGGAAUCCUGAGCGUAAAAUCUUUGCUCAAUCUUAUGAAUCUUUGGAUGCUUUGGACAGUUCCGUUUUAAUUAUGCCUUUGGUAUUUUUUAUAAGCCCUACCGAUCCAAGAUUUUUAAGUACCAUGGAACAGAUUUUAUUACCUCCGGAAAAAGGAGGUUUGUUGACGAAUAAUCUUGUAUUCCGGUAUAAUCAUCUUACAACCGAUGAUGGAUUAGGUGGGAUGGAAGGAUCAUUUUCAAUGUGUACAUUUUGGUUAAUUGAAGCGUUAACAAGAGCAGGAAAAUAUGAUAAAAAACUUUUAGAAAAAGCAGAAUUUAUAUUUGAGCAAAUGAUUAGUUAUGGUAAUCAUGUAGAACUAUUUUCCGAAGAAAUUGCCAGAUCUGGUGAAUUGUUGGGUAAUUUUCCUCAAGCUUUUACUCACAUUGCCUUUAUCAGUGCCGCGUUUAAUUUGGAUCGCGUUUUGAUGUAA